AUGAUGGUUAAGGUAUUGGAAUUGGUUAAGCAAUUCCGAGAUAUGAGUUUGGUCUGUGAGGUGACACCUAAGAGUGUUAGGUUGGGUAUGCUGAAGAUUAAUAAUGACUUUCUGGAUAGUAUCAAAGAAGCUCAGAAGUUAGAUGUGAAGUUGGUAGAUUCGAUGGUUGGAAUCGAUCAAUAUGAGAAUAAUGACUUUAAGUUGGAUGCGCAAGGUGUGUUGAGAUUUCGUAAUCAAAUUUGUAUUCUCGAUGAUAUGGAUAUUAAGAGAGCGAUUCUUGAAGAAGGUCACAGAAGGUUAAUGCAACCAUUGGAAGUUCCAGAAUGGAAAUGGGAUAGCAUUUUGAUGGACUUUGUGACGGGUUUACCUAAUACUUCAAGAGGACAUGAUUCGAUUUGGGUGAUCGUUGAUAGGCUUACGAAGUUGGCUCAUUUUAUUCCUAUUAACAUCACUUAUCCAGUUUCAAAUUUGGCGGAGAUUUAUACUAAUGUGAUUGUUAAGCUGCAUGGUGUUCCUUUGUGUAUUGUUUUGGAUAAAGAUCUGAGGUUUACUUCUGAUUUUUGA